AUAGAACCUUUUCAGUAAACACACCACAAAAUGUCGAGCACUGGCAUCGUAUUGUACGGAACAGACCUGAGUCCCUGUGUGAGGACCGUCAGGCUUGUCCUCAAGGCCCUCAAUCUGGACUAUGAGUUCAAAGAGGUCAACCUGCAGAAGGGGGAGCACCUCCAGGAGUCGUACCUGAAGAUGAACCCACAGCACACGGUGCCCACGCUGGACGACAACGGCACCUACCUCUGGGACUCGCACGCCAUUGCUACCUACUUGGUGGACAAGUAUGGCAAAUCGGAUGCUCUGUAUCCCAAGGAUCUGGCCAAGAGGGCCAUCAUUGAUCAGCGCUUGUACUUCGACGCUAGUGUUAUCUACGCUGGUCUAGCCGGUGUGGUUGCUCCCUUCUGGGUACAUGGCAAUACGGAGGUGGCCCAGGAAAAGUUGGACAGCAUCCAUCGUGGUCUCACCCUGCUGGAGACCUUCCUGAGCAACGGAAAAUACCUGGUGGGAGACACCCUCACCGUCGCCGAUCUGUGCACUGGCCCCACGGUCAGUGCCCUGCGAGCUGCUGUGGAUAUCGAAGCUACCGGUUAUCCCAAGGUCACCGCCUGGCUGAAUCGCCUCAACGAGAUUGCCUACUACAAGGAUAUCAACGAGGGGCCGGUCCAGGGCUACGUUGCCUUCCUUCGCAGCAAGUGGACCAAACUGGGAAACAAGUGAAUCCUGCACUGAGGCCAUAAUUAAUCACGUCAUUUACAUGUUUAAUAUUUCCAUUCAUUUUCAAUAUUUUUAAGGGUUUAUCAUUCAUUAAAUUUAUAUGAAAUAUUGAAAUUAUAA